CAAAGAUGUCAAAUAUAGAAACUUUUUGACGCGCGACUGUCGAUGAAACGCUUUCGCUUGCCCUAGGAUCGUUUGCUCUGCACAACAUCCAAGCAGCUAUCGACAAAUCUGUGUCGAUGGCCCUACCAUCUCCAUCAUGGAUACCUAGUAUGGUUAGCGACUGGCUGUCGCAAUGGAGCCAUGUCUGUUUCAUGUCCCUGCAGACAAUUCGAUUGAUUCUGUAUCUUUUUUUGGAUCAAGGGACUUAUAGGCCCCAGGUUGAAGAACAUUUAAUAUCCAACCGUUCUCCAGUCUGGAUAUGCCACAGUUCAGUGAAGUCGUUCACCAAGACAAAUCGAACUCGACAACAUUGUAUCUUCUUUCGCCUAGUGCACCUCUUUCUUCUCUAUUCUUUCGACUUUAGCUUCUUACUCGAGCAUUCCCUGUUUGAUACGUUUUGGGAAGCUGGACUUUCCCCAAGCUAUCAGUCGGCAACCUUGUUUUGAUAUAUCGUCUCAGACCUACGGUGACUUAAUAUAACAAGAUGUCUGUGGAGUACUCUUAUUACCGGCCCUCUACCCCCCCUGCAUUGCAUCUGCAAGAA